AUGAGUGCGCUGCUCUCCUUACAACUAUCAACAGCCCAGGAGGGCGAGCGCGUGCGAGCGCGGAGGGGCGCGCAGGACCCUCGCGACUUCUUCGCAGGGCCCCAGCCGGGCCGCCGCUGUCCGAGGCCGCCUGAGAGCCCUGCGCCGGCGCCUCGUCUCCACACAGUGUGGAGGCGCCCCAGGGGCUGUCCUGCCACCCUCGACGGGAUGCCGGCUGCCAUGCUCCCCUACGCUUGCGUCCUGGUGCUGUUGGGAGAGGCAGCUGGGAUGGCAGGGGCAGGCCGCCUGCGCUGGGAACCACGCUGCCAGCAGCUCCUGCCCAACAGAGCCCCGGUCACCGCACUGCUGCCCCCACGCCUGGACGGGCCCUGGAUCUCCACUGGCUGCGAGGUGCGCCCGGGACCCGAGUUCCUCACCCGCUCCUAUACUUUCUACCCCAACCGCCUGUUCCGCGCCUACCAGUUCUUCUACCGGGACCCCUCGUGCAGCGAGCCCGCGUACUCGCUGCUCAUCAAGGGCAGGGUGCGCCUGCGCCGGGCCUCCUGGGUCACCCGCGGCGCCACGGAGGCCGACUACCAUCUGCACAAGGUGGGCGUCGUCUUCCACAGCCGCCGCGCCCUGCUCGACGUGGCCGGCCGCCUGGACCACAGUAAGGCGGGCCGGGACUGCGCGCACCGCCUGCCCCCGGCGCGGGCCUGGCUGCCCGGGGCCCUGUACGAACUGCUGGGCGCCGGGGCUGAGCGUGACUGCGCGGCCGCCCUGGGCUUCACCAUGCACGAGCUCAGCCUGGUGCGCGUGCAGCGCCGCUUGCAGCCCGAGCCCCGGGCCGCGCCUCGCCUGGUGGAGGAGCUCUACCUGGGGGACAUCCACACCGACCGGGCCGAACGGCGGCACUACCGGCCCACCGGCUACCAGCGUCCUCUGCAGAGUGCCCUGCACCAUGCCCACCCCUGUCCAGCCUGCAGCCUCAUCGCCCACUCUGAUGAGCACCACCCACCCGUGCUGCCCCCCCAGGCGGCCCUGCCUCUGCGCCUGGGCGGCCGCUGGGUCAGCCCUGGCUGUGAGGUGCACCCCGCCGUGCUCUUCCUCACCAGGCUCUUCACCUUCCACGGGCACAACCGCUCCUGGGAAGGGUAUUACCACCACUUCUCAGACCCCACCUGCCGGCAGCCCACCUUCACUGUCUAUGCAGCCGGCCGCUACACCAAGGGCACGCCGUCCGUCAAGGUUCGAGGUGGCACUGAGCUGGUGUUCCAGGUCACAAGGGCCCGCGUCACCCCCAUGGACCGGGUCACCACGGCCAUGCUCAACUUCUCUGAACCAAGCAGCUGUGGGGGCCCAGGGGCUUGGGCCCUGGGAGCCGAGCGGGACAUCACCGCCACCAAUGGGUGCCUGCCACUGGGCAUCAGGCUGCCCCACGUGGAGUAUGAGCUGUUCAGGAUGGAGCGGGACCCCCUUGGGCAAAGCCUGCUCUUCAUCGGACAAAGGCCCACUGACGGCUCGAGUCCUGACACUCCGGAGAAGCGGCCCACAUCCUAUCAAGCACCCCUGGUGCUCUGUGACAGCGUGGCCUGGGGCUUCUCCCUGCAGCAUGGGGAUCAGCUGCAGACGCCUGUCAGUGGUGGGACACCAUGUCCCCACGUGGCCCCUCUCCCCGUCCUACUCCUGGUCCUCAGGCCGGCCUUCCUCCAGUGGUUGUGA